AAGAAGCGGGAAGUACAUCUCUCCCUCUCUCUCUGUCGGUCUCGUCCGCCUCCGCUCUGCACCGGCCGCCUCCGCUCCUCCUCCCUCCUCCUCUUUAAAAGCACGGCAGAGCUGCUGCCCGCUCCCAUCCCCGUCCCGUGGCGUGCCUUCUAGGGUUUCCUUCCUCCGCCUCCACGAGCCCGUCGCCGCUCCAGCCCGCCAGAUUUGGAUCUGCGACCCCAAGGUGAGUACCGGUUGUUUUGAUGGCUCCCGCUGUUGAAGUCAUCAAGGAGGCAGGAUCAUUCCAAAAGGUUCCUGCCCUGAAUGAAAGGAUAUUGUCAUCCAUGUCCAGGAGAGCUGUUGCUGCGCAUCCUUGGCAUGAUCUGGAGAUUGGUCCUGGUGCACCGACCAUAUUCAACUGCGUCAUUGAGAUACCCAGGGGCAGCAAGGUGAAGUACGAACUUGACAAGAAAACUGGACUGAUAAAGGUGGACCGUGUGCUGUAUUCAUCAGUUGUGUACCCUCACAACUAUGGAUUCAUUCCUCGCACACUUUGUGAAGACAGUGAUCCUCUGGAUGUGCUGGUUAUAAUGCAGGAGCCGGUUAUUCCAGGCUGUUUCCUACGUGCCAAGGCCAUCGGCCUUAUGCCUAUGAUUGAUCAGGGAGAGGCAGAUGACAAGAUCAUUGCUGUGUGCGCCGAUGAUCCUGAAUACAAGCAUUACAAUGACAUCAAGGAGCUCCCACCUCACCGAUUGGCUGAAAUCAGGCGCUUCUUUGAGGACUACAAGAAGAAUGAGAACAAGGAGGUUGCCGUGAAUGACUUUCUGCCUGCAAGCGCUGCUUAUGAAGCCAUUCAACACUCUAUGGAUCUGUAUGCGACCUACAUCGUUGAGGGCCUGAGGAGGUAGGCUGCUGCUGCUUGGUGCACCGGUGGCUUGCUUGAAGGAUGUCUUUCACCGGUGGGAGCUGGAGGAUGUUGACGAAAAACUAAGAUACUGCUACCUUAUGAAACACAAAUAUUGUUAUUUUGUUGAUGACCUGUAUACCGCUAGUAAUGGACCCUCAAUCAAAUCCCCUGGGGAAUCAGUAGUAGUUGAAGCUGGUAACACAAGAGUGGCAAAGUAUUCUUUCCUGGCCUCAGUGCCUAUAUACGUUGUACUUCAUUGGUAUCGUGAUAUUCAUUCCUGUUGUGAUAUAAUUCAUUGGCUGAGAUUGAAUCUUCUC